AUGAGUAAAAGGAAACUGAGGGAUGAUGAAGACAUCGUGCGAGAGAUUCGCAAGUCCGCGAGGCAGCGCGGAGUAGCAGCUCCAUACAUACGCACCUCUCUAUCUCCGGAGGUGGAGGCCCGAGCCGAGCGUCGACGUCGGGUCUCGAGGGUGCUGAGGGAGGACACGGAUCCGCUCGACGUCAUCGAGCUCUUCUCCGAUAUGGACGACGACACCCUCCUCAAGAAUGCGUACGCGUCCGACUCUUCGUCCGAAUGCAGCUUACACGAGAGCAAGCAGAGGGUUCGCGAAGCUCUGGGAGGUCCCGUCGACGACGUGAAACACGACAAUGAUAAGACGUCAUCUCGGGGCCAAUACAGGCAACAUGGGUUCGAGGAGCAGUCUUUCGCCUCGCACCAGGAUAGACAGGCACCUCCGAUGCUGCUGGCCGCGAUCGAAAAGCUGAAGGAGCGCCACCCAACCGCGAAUGUGGAACCGUGCUACACCGGCGAGGAGGUUCCGCGACACUGGAAGCUCAUCGCUACAGGCCCGGGCUCCCUGGCCGCCAUUCCCUGCGUGUACCUCCACAUAAAGAGCAUGCAUGCCGACGUGAGGGAUGGGAGCGAUGCCGCCGCGGGCAGCAGCCAGUCGGACGCGGCACGAGGUCCUCUCCCGCGGCGGCGGGCCCGAUCUCCGUUGACGAGUGCGAAACGCGCGCGUCCGUCUGGCUCUGGCUCCGGCUCUGCUUCUGCAGUCGCGUCUCCCGCAACGGCUCCCAAGGGCGGUGCGCGCACGCAAAAACGACGGAAGAAGCUUGCCGCGGAAGACCCUGUGGAAGCCGCGGCGGUCGACGCUGCGACGCAGUUCUGUGCCGACUUCGGGAUGGAGGCGGAGGACGCGGAACGGCUGAGGAGCGUCGGGCUGAAGAACGAGGCGCGGGUGAAGGCGAUGGGGACGCUGUCGGAGGAGGGGAUGGGGAUGCUGAUGGAGGCGCUGAAGGGGGAAGGGAUGGACUUUGCGGGGAGGCUGCUUGUGCGGGAGGGGCUGGUUCGACGCGCGGCAGGGUCUGCUUGA